GGUGUUUUUGGGGUGUUUUCAGGUUGUUUUUGGGGUGCUGACCCCCCCAAUCCCCCUCCCCCCCAGCUUUAUGACAUGGCCGAGCCGCUGCUGCGCUUCCUGCCCGGCCCCCACCGGCGCAUCCCGAAGCUGCUGGGCCGGAUGAGGGAAUUCAUCGCCCGCAGGGUCCGGAGCAACGCCCGGAGCCUCGACCCACAGAACCCCCGCGACUUCAUCGACUGCUUCCUCAUCCAGAUGGACAAGGAGAAGGACAAUCCCAGCUCGGAGUUCACGCUGGAGAACCUGGAGCUCACCACGCUCAACCUCUUCUUCGCCGGCACCGAGACCGUCUCGUCCACCCUGCGCUUCGGCCUCCUCUUCCUCAUGAGGCACCCCCAGCUGGAGGCCCAGGUGUACGAGGAGAUCCUGAGGGUCGUGGGCCCCUCCCGCCCCCCGGCGCUGUCAGACCGGGCUCUGAUGCCGCUCACGGACGCCACGAUCCACGAGAUCCAGCGGUGCAGCGACCUCAUCCCCAUGAACGUGCCCCACAGGCUGACCAGGGACACCGAGUUCAGGGGGUACCUCCUGCCCAAGGGUCUGGACGUGUACCCCCUGCUGAGCUCGGUGCUCCACGACCCCUCCUCUUUCCGGAGCCCCCACGAGUUCGACCCCCGCAACUUCCUGGACGAGCGGGGGCAGUUCCAGAGGAACGAGGCCUUCGUGCCCUUCUCCUUGGGGAAGUGGCUGUGCCUGGGGGAGGGGCUGGCGCGGAUGGAGCUGUUCCUGUUCCUCACGACGCUCCUGCAGCGGCUGCGGCCGCUCCCGCUGGGACGCCCCGAGGAGGUGUCCACGACCCCCCUGGAGAGCGGCUUCGGCAACAUCCCCCCCUUCCAGCUGCGCGUGGAGCCGCGAUGAGACCCCCACCCCCUCCUGGGA